CAAACCGUGUUGUCAAAACAAGCAUUCUUCUUCUGCUUGUUCUGCGUCUUGCUGCAUUUUCCUUUGCCCUGUUUCUUGUGCUUUUCUGGCGGUUCUCCAAUCUGGAGCAAGUCACGACGACGGUUCUCUUAAUUAGAUGUAAUUUGAUUCUUUACACCGAUCCACGUAACCGUACGUACGUUGUAACCACAGCGGAGAGAAGAUAACCUUUUCCAAUCGGGGAUCAUGUGCACCAUCGGAAGGUGAAUGAAUUGGUUAGAACAUUGCUGCGUUACAGUUCGGUAGCAUUCUUCGGAUUCAUCGGAGACUAGGGGUACCAAUGCACGCGCGGCUCAAAGAUCCACGUGUAGGUGUCGUCGUUUUUUUGCAGAGAUAGAACUCGCUCACCGUCCGUAGUGCUGCUGGUGCUCCGUACGGGUACCCCCCCGUACGGCAUAGCUGUGCAACAUGCAAAAGUUCCCGCUGCGCCUUCUAUGGCGCUACAAGGUGUUCGUCCUGAUCGGGUUUAUGAUCGUGGCCGCACAGAUAUUUCUAGCGUACAAGCUACUGUGCAUGCCACUGACGGGCAACGAAUCCACGGAGGAACGAGAUUUAAGCCGCCGGCUGUACGAGAAGUAUGUGAAAAAAUCCUCCACCGGCACGGAUGGCCUGAACUUGUCCGUGGGUGAUGGCGAGAAACGAACGGCCGACGGAACGGGACGCCAUGGACGGGAUGCGAAGGAGAACAAUCCGAACCAGCACGUACUUAGGCUGGACGAGCUCGACUUUGUGCCACCGUGUGAGCUAACAAGGAAGGAAACGGUUUCCGCCAUCCAUCGAGCCAAGAGCCAGUCGUGUAAAGCCAAAAUUGUGGAAGUCGCGUGUGAAAUACAGGCUGGAAAAUUUUACCCUCAACGACUGCCGAGCUACUGUCCGCGGGGUGAUCAUUCGCCGAAUCGAGCGCUAGGAUGCUUCCGCGAUGAGAAGAACUUUCGCAUCCUGUCGGGAUAUUAUUCCACCUUCAAGACGAACAAUUCGCCUGAAAAGUGUAUACGGUUGUGCUUGCAGUCGGGUUAUCCGUUUGCUGGUGUACAGUAUGGCUACGAAUGCUUUUGUGGCGAUGAGCUACCAAAAGCAUCGGCAAAGCUACCCGACUCUAGCUGCAACAUUAAAUGUCCCGGCGAUCCAAAGCAAGCCUGCGGUGGAUAUUUUGCUAUCAAUGUUUACGAAACUGGCAUACGUAAAUUUGCCGCACAAAGCACGGAAACAGUUCCGAAGCAUGCAGACGAAACGGUGCGAAUUGCAUUUCUGCUCACACUAAAUGGUCGAGCCGUUCGGCAGGUACAUCGAUUACUGAAAGCACUGUACAGUCCACGGCACUAUUACUACAUACAUAUCGAUGCGCGCCAAGAGUAUCUAUACCGCGAGCUGCUGAAGCUAGAACCAAAGUUCCCCAAUAUACGGCUGGCACGCAAACGGUUCUCCUCUAUUUGGGGCGGUGCAUCAUUGCUCCAGAUGCUACUCACCUCGAUGGAGCACCUACUGUACGAAACGGACUGGCACUGGGACUUUGUGCUCAAUCUAAGCGAAAGUGAUUUCCCGCUCAAAACGAUCGACCAGCUGGUUACGUUUCUAACGGCCAACCGGGGACAAAAUUUCGUGCGCAACCAUGGCCGGGAGGUACAGCGAUUCAUACAGAAGCAAGGACUCGACAUGACGUUCGUCGAGUGUGACAAUCGGAUGUGGCGCAUCGGUGAUCGAGCACUGCCGGCCGGCAUUACCAUCGACGGUGGUAGCGAUUGGGUGUGUUUGUCGCGCGACUUUGCCCGCUACGUGACGGGCGAGGGUAACGCAAACCGGGACGAACUGAUACGCGGUCUGUUGCGUGUGUUCGAGUACACCAUUCUACCGGCGGAAUCAUUUUUCCACACGGCACUGCGAAAUUCGCGCUUCUGUCACACCUACACGAACAACAACCUGCACAUGACGAAUUGGAAGCGUCAGCUCGGUUGCAAGUGCCAGUACCGUCACAUCGUGGACUGGUGCGGCUGUAGUCCGAACAAUUUCCGCACCGAGGACUGGGAACGGCUGCAGGCCAGCCAGCACAAGAAGCUAUUCUUUGCCCGUAAGUUUGAAGCGAUGAUUAAUCAAGCGAUCGUGCUGCAGCUCGAGGAGUGGAUCUUUGGCCCGUACCCGGCUGAUUAUCCGAAUCUACAUUCGUACUGGCACAACGUGUACCACCACGAGGACAGCGGCCCUUCGGUUGAUGGUUCGCUGCUAAACGUAGCACACAGUUUGCUACGAACGAAUGGACGCACCAAUCCAGUUCAGUUGUAUGAAUUGCGCCGAAUACGGGAAAUCACACACUACCUCGAGCGAGACACAUACCGUGGCUUUCUCGUACGUCAUGAAGCGCUGACUCAAGAUGGCCCAGCAAAUCUAAUCGAGCUCGAAACAUGGAUAUCGCCGAUUAUAACAGCAAAAGUUACCCGCAGCACAUCGCUUGCACGCCGCCUAAUCCAUCUCGAGGUCAGCACGGAGUAUGACGAGAAGGAACAACUGUCGCGCAACUUUCCGCGCAUCAUCGGAACGAACGCGGAACCGGCGCUCAUUUUCCGGCUAGCGGCACCACUCGAAUCGGAACGGAUAAAGGGAGGGAACGCUACCAACUAUUCGCUCACCGUCGAAUGGAUCGAUCCACUCGGGACGAUCGUUGCUUCUAGUCAUUUUACCAUCGAAGACAACCCGAAUGGGCCACCGCAUAGUUUCAACCACUUUCUGAAGGGAAGCAAACUUAAGCUACCGCUAGCGGAAGGUAUUUGGGGUGCACGGUUACUGCAGGGGAAAGUUUUACUCGGUGCAACACGAUUUCUUGCUGUUUCAUCGACUUUUCGUGAGGCUAACGAACAAACGAUCGGCGCGGAUGGUGAUGAUCAUGAGCGGCACACUCAUCGGCAGAUUAUACCGUUGCGUCGUGGAUCGAGCGGUGCAAAUACGGCCACCAGCAAAAUACGUGCCAAGGGUCGUAAGCAAAGUCCGGUAGGACAUUCGGGAGAUCGUCAUGAUCGGAACGAUCACAUGCAGCAGGAUGCCGAUGAUCAUCCAUUGCAGCUCGACAAGCUGGUGGCACAGUUCUUUACCAUCCAGGAAACUUGCGUGGUGACCGCUUUCAGUGAAGAAGGAAAGCCAUCGAUGAAACGGUUUGACGAUUGUAAAUCAACCAGCUGGAGCAGCUUAGCAACGGAUCCAAAGAGUGAUAUCUACGUCGAAUCAGAGACGUCAAACUAGUAGCACCCAGACAAAAGAGCUCUAGGUUAAGCCGGAAAUAGUGCCAUUGUUUUGUUUUGUUGUUAUUCCCCCGAUCCUCCUUUCCUAGUGUUGUAAUCUCAAUCCUUCCAUACAAAAGGAACCAAAUGGAACGUAAAUGUUUCUGACCCUUUUCAGCAUGCUUUUAAACCAGUCAAUUGCUUUUACGUGCACCACGUGCAAAACGAUAAGAUCAAAUUAUUGAUACGAAAACAAAAAACAAAAAGAUGCAGCAAACGUGUUCAUAAACAGUCCAAACUGCCAACUGAACGAUGCGUGAAUCAACCGAACCGAAGGUAGCUUAUUGGUGAUGAAGAAUAUUGGUAUGUCUAGUUAGUAAUUUUAGCCCCA